CGUGAUGACGUAACAUUCUGUUUUGACGUUUAGCGCCGCUGAGUUGUGAAAGACUUACAAGCGGAGCGAGGAACGUGCAGUCAUGGCUCUGAGGAGCGCUGUGUGUCGUGUCCUGAGGAACCCCCACAGAUGUGUCCUCGUCUCGGCCUCCAGAACACAAGGCACCGCGGCACCGGCCCAACACGAUGCGCAGAAGUCUGAACAGAAAUCUAAAACACCUAAAGUCCAGUUCAACUGGCAGGAUGCCCUGGACCUCGAGGGCCAGCUGACAGAGGAGGAGAUCAUGAUCAGGGAUUCCUUUCGGACCUACUGCCAGGAGAAGCUGAUGCCUCGCAUCCUGAUGGCAAACAGGAAUGAAGUGUUCCACAGAGAAAUAGUGUCUGAGAUGGGAGAGAUGGGAGUUCUGGGCCCAACUAUUAAAGGUUAUGGCUGUGCUGGGACGAGCUACGUGGCGUACGGCUUGAUCGCCAGAGAGGUCGAGAGGGUGGACAGUGGCUAUCGGUCCGUCAUGAGCGUGCAGUCCUCACUGGUCAUGCAUCCUAUUAAUGCCUAUGGCACAGAAGAGCAGAAACACAAAUAUCUGCCCAAGCUGGCUCGCGGAGAGAUUUUGGGCUGCUUCGGCCUGACGGAACCAAACCACGGUAGUGACCCCGGCGGCAUGGAAACAAGAGCCAAAUAUAAUCCGACCAGCCGCACCUACACCCUCACCGGCUCAAAGACCUGGAUCACCAACUCCCCGGUGGCAGACGUUGCGGUGGUCUGGGCUAAAUGUGACGAUGGGAAGGUGCGAGGCUUCAUCUUGGAGCGUGGCAUGAAGGGCUUUUCCACACCGAAGAUCGAAGGAAAGUUCUCUCUGAGAGCCUCGGCCACCGGGAUGAUCCUCUUAGAUGAUGUAGAGGUUCCUGAGGAGAACCUGCUGCCUAAAGCCUCCGGCCUGGGGGGUCCAUUUGGUUGCUUGAACAACGCUCGGUAUGGUAUUGCAUGGGGGGCCCUGGGUGCUGCAGAGUUCUGUUUCCACGCCGCUCGUCAGUACACGCUCGACAGAAUCCAGUUUGGCGUGCCUCUGGCCAGGAAUCAGCUGAUGCAGAAGAAGAUGGCCGACAUGCUGACAGAGAUCACCAUCGGCCUGCAGUCCUGUCUGCAGCUGGGCAGACUGAUAGACGAGAAAAAAGCGGCUCCAGAGAUGAUCUCCAUGCUGAAGAGGAACAGCUGUGGUAAAGCCUUGGAUGUCGCCAGGCAGGCCAGAGACAUGCUGGGAGGCAACGGCAUCGCAGACGAGUACCACGUCAUCCGCCACGUCAUGAACCUGGAGGCUGUCAACACAUACGAAGGUACUCAUGAUAUCCACGCUUUAAUCCUGGGCAGAGCCAUCACAGGACUGCAGUCCUUCACCGUCGACAAAUAGAUCCAAUCGUUUGCUGCAACAAACAACUCUGCCAGAUCGGUUUGGAAGAAAAAAGUGUUUUUGCUUUUUAUGGGUUUGCAAAAAAUUGAGUGCUUUAAUCAGAGAGAAAUACACAUUUUUAGAACUUUUAAGCUGAUGAAGAUUGUAAGAACCUCUGAAGUCAAGUUUUUUAAUUUAAAGAUGGUUAUUUUUCCACAAAUAGAAGCAGUUCUUGUAUUUCAUUGAAUGAUGUUUUAUCACGGCAGUGAACAAGUGUGGACAGUCUGGGGAAAACCUAAACAGUACCGUUGUUGCUGUAUUUGUAUUUAAAACUGUCAUUAUAAAUCCUGACUGUCCGUAGAGUGUUUGUAAUUGCAUGUGAAGCUUUUUGUGCUAAAUGUUAAUUAGUG